AUGUGUGAGACAUUCAAUAGUUGGAUAUUGGCAGCUAGGCACAAGUCUAUCAUUACUAUGUUAGAGGAAAUUAGAAUCAAGUGUAUGGAGAGGAUGAAUAGCAUAAGAGAGUUUUCUGAAAAAUGGGUAGGUGAGAUAUCACCCAUGGCUAUGGAAAUACUUGGAGAGAAUGCGCAAAAGGCAGCCAAAUGUGAAGUCAAAUUUAAUGGUGAAACAGGGUAUGAGAUCCAGGAUGGGUCAUAUAAACAUGUUGUUGACUUUUGGACAUGUACCUGUACUUGUAGAUCAUGGCAACUCAAAGGAAUUCCAUGUGCACAUGCAAUUACAACAAUGCAUUAUAAGAACUAUGAGGUUGAGCCAUAUGUUGACCAUUGGUAUAGAAAGGAUACUUACCUGAAGGCAUAUAGCAGAUUCAUUCAACCUUUAACUAGUAUGAAUUUGUGGCCAAAAAGCACACUGCCUGCUAUUGAGCCACCUGUUAUAAUUGCAAUGCCAGGAAGGCCAAAUAAUUAA